AGCAGCACCAGGAUCCAGUAAAGCGACUGUACGCAGAUUAGCGACAGACUGUUGCUUUUCUCUGCGUUUUUUUGUAGUACGUUUUAAGUGCAACACUCAGGUUGUUUGCGGUUGACACGUUACGUCCGAUUCCGACGUCUUUGCCGAAACUGUCAGUGGAGACAGUUGACAUGUCAGCGGCUAAAACUUUAACUCUGGGACUGUAACGCUGCAGCGGAGGAGACGGAGCGAAGUGCAAACAGCCCACUGAAGUUUACCAGUUUCCUCGAUAACAAAGGAAAGGGGGGGCUCACUUUCUCAUUAUUUUGUGCUUUUAUUCGACGCCAUCGUUCUGUUGAAAAGCCCGAACAGGAUUUGAAAUGCAAGACUUCCUCGUCAGCCGUGUUUGUACCGUGAAAGGACAUGGAGCGUGGAGAAGGACCAUCUGAGUAAAGGACUUCAGCACGGAACCUUCGCUUUAUUAAACCAGCAUCAGAUUGGGUCAAGCAAACUAAAUGUAAAGGAUUGUCGGAAUCUAGCCACCAUGGAUAUCUUUCCCCGUCCCAGCGGUGAAAUCCAGAGGAGAAACCCCCAGCAUGAUUUUGAACUCAUUCAGAGGGUGGGAAGUGGCACAUACGGAGACGUGUACAAGGCUCGAAACAUUCAAACUGGAGAGCUUGCUGCUGUGAAAAUCAUAAAGUUGGAACCAGGGGAUGACUUUUCCAUCAUACAGCAGGAAAUCUUCAUGGUGAAGGAAUGCAUGCACCACAAUAUUGUGGCCUACUUUGGGAGCUACCUCUGUCGGGAGAAGCUUUGGAUAUGUAUGGAGUACUGUGGUGGAGGAUCUCUGCAGGACAUAUAUCAUGUAACGGGACCUCUGUCAGAGCUCCAGAUAGCAUAUGUCUGCCGAGAGACCUUGCAGGGUUUGGGAUAUCUGCACACCAAGGGCAAGAUGCAUCGUGACAUCAAGGGUGCCAACAUACUUCUUACAGACAAUGGAGAUGUGAAGUUAGCUGACUUUGGAGUUGCAGCCAAAAUAACAGCCACCAUUGCCAAGAGAAAGUCCUUCAUUGGAACACCUUAUUGGAUGGCUCCAGAAGUAGCAGCAGUGGAGAAGAACGGCGGCUACAACCAGCUCUGUGAUAUCUGGGCUGUUGGCAUCACGUCCAUAGAGCUGGCCGAGCUUCAGCCUCCAAUGUUCGACUUGCACCCAAUGAGGGCCUUAUUUUUGAUGUCAAAGAGUAGCUUCCAGCCUCCAAAACUAAAAGACAAAAACAAAUGGUCCACUGCCUUCCAUAAUUUUGUCAAAGUGUCUUUGACAAAGAACCCAAAGAAGAGGCCCACUGCAGAAAAACUUCUGUCGCAUGUGUUUGUGGGCCAGACGGGUUUGACAAGGAGGCUCGCUGUUGACCUCCUAGAUAAGAUGAACAACCCAGACAACCACCAGCAUUACAGUGAAGUGGACGAUGAAGAUCUGGAGCCCCUCUCUGCAGUCAGACACACCAUCCGCUCCUCCAAUAAACAAGCCAGAGCUGAGAGGACACGCUCAGAGAUUGACUCAAACAAUGGGACACACCAAGGAGGGCCAUGCUCAAGUCCUAGCUUCACUCAAGUUGACAAACUCCAGUUUGAACCACCACUCCGGAAAGAAACUGAGGCUCAUUCUGAAAUGGAUGUGAGUAAAGAUAAUGACUUCCCUUCACCCUGGAGUCCCUUUGCAGAGGGAGGAAUAACAACCAGGAGCCUUCUCAAAAGCGUUGAGGAUGAAUUGUUCCAACGGGGACACGUCACCCAUCUCGAAGACGCCUUUGAAGAAGUGGAGCUGUCAACUCUGAAGCCAGGGCUUCCUCCUCCUCCUUUGCCACCAAAACCGAGAUUGAACAAUUCGUCAGAGGAACUCGGCCUUAACGACGAGAGGUCUCUGACUGUGCGGAGGUUUCCAAACUCUGAGAAUGGGCCGAGUCAGGUGGCUCGCAGACAGAGCACACCUGAGCAGGGGAACAAGGGGGAGCACUCAUCUUCUGACUACCUCUCUGUGAGCGUCAGCAGCCCUGGCAUUUUGUCUCAUGCGUCUGAUCCUGCUCUCAGUAAAUCUGAGUGUAAAGAUAAUGAUUCAGAUGGCAGUGUGAACGGAGACAGUCCAAAGCCAGCACUCAACAGGCACCGGAAAGAGAAAAAGGAAUUCCCUAAACCAGCUAUCAACGGCCUGCCACCCACUCCUAAAGUGCUGAUGGGAGCCUGUUUCUCCAAAGUGUUUGAUGGUUGUCCACUGAAGAUCAACUGUGCCACAUCAUGGAUUCAUCCAGACACCAAAGACCAGUAUCUAAUCUUUGGGACAGAGGAUGGUAUCUAUACUCUGAAUCUUAAUGAGCUUCAUGAAGCCACAAUGGAACAGCUCUUCCCAAGGAAGUGCACAUGGCUGUAUGUUAUCAACAACAACCUGAUGUCUUUAUCUGAAGGAAAAAACUUCCAGCUGUAUUCACACAACCUCAUUGGACUGUUCGAGCAGUUGAAGAAGCCUGGACUGGCUGCUCAGUUCCAGACUCAUCGCUUCCCAGACAAAAUUUUACCCAGGAGAUUUGCCCUGACAACUAAGAUCCCAGACACAAAGGGCUGUCACAAGUGUUGCAUUGUGAGAAACCCAUACACAGGCCACAAAUACCUGUGUGGAGCGCUGCAGUCUGGGAUUGUCUUGUUGCAGUGGUAUGAGCCCAUGCAGAGGUUUAUGCUCAUUAAGCAUUUCGACUUCCCUCUUCCCAGCCCACUAAAGGUGUUUGAGAUGCUUGUGGUCCCAGAGCAGGAGUAUCCUCUGUUGUGUGUGGCCAUCAGCCAGGGAACAGAGCAGGGACAGGUUGUCCGCUUUGAGACCAUCAACCUCAACUCCUGCUCCUCCUGGUUCACAGAGAUCGGAACAACUAAUAAGCAAGUGGAUGCAAUCCAUGUUACCCAGCUGGAGAGAGACACCGUGUUGGUGUGUUUGGACCAAAAUUUGAAGAUUGUUAAUCUCCAAGGCAGACUGAAGUCUAACAAGAAGCUGGCGUCUGAGCUCAGCUUUGACUUCUGCAUUGAAUCUGUUGUGUGCCUUCAGGACAGUGUCCUGGCCUUCUGGAAACAUGGCAUGCAGGGAAAGAGCUUCAAGUCCAAUGAGGUGACCCAGGAGAUCUGUGAUCCAAGCAGAGUCUUCCGUCUCCUGGGAUCUGACAGGGUGGUGGUCCUGGAGAGUCGACCCACAGACAACCCCACGGCCCUGAGCAACCUCUACAUUUUAGCAGGUCAUGAGAACAGUUACUGAUCCUCUCUGUCAGAGAGUGGACAGGUCUUUGAAAAGCAUGAGAUGCCUCAGAUUUGGGAGAGAAUAUUUAAAAAAAAAAAAAAAAUGAAAAAACAUUGGGAGUUUUGUUACUGAUCAUGGGAUGGAGAGCCCAGUGAAAGCGGGGGCCUCUGAAGACUGGAUUCAUGAGUAGCCUUACACCAGCAACACACUCACCGUAGCUCCGUUCAUCACAAGGGACAAGAGAAACGAUUAAAAAAACUCAAAUGAACAUUGUAAUACUAUUAUUUUGCUCACCUUUCUUUUUAGUGUUACAAUCUCGAGUUACAAACAUGUUAUCCAGAGGUUUAAUGGGGAAAAAAUAAGUGCCAUGAAAAAAAAGAAAAGAAAAAUACACAGGAAUUGGUGAUUGUAAUAAAAACAAUGGGAGGUUUAUUUUGUGUUAUUGUCUGAAACAUGUCGCACGUAAUCAUUGCCGGUGACAAACGUUAUUAGGCUUUUUACAAUUUUGUAGUUGAACUAAUUGAUCAGUUUAUACAGAAACCCAAGAGCCAUGUGGGUUAUUUAAGCGAUAUUUAUUAACUAACCUCAUGUUAAGUAAUAGGGUAUGUUGCAUUUACAGUGACAGGAUUAACUACCUAGUAAACAGUUUACCCAAGCAGCUUCCAGUUAUUUUUACCGCUAUGUAACAUAGCCACAUCUCUCCUGCUCCGCUGCUUUCAUUGUAACAAAUUGGAUAUACUGUACAUUUCUUUACCCUCUUUUCUUUUAUAGACCUUUUAAUUCUCAUUAUUUGCACCAUGUAAGCACUUUUGUACAUUUUUUUUAAUUUAAAAUAAAAAUGACAAAAUGAGGGACGAUGCUAGGUAUUUGUUAACAUCUUUGCAUUCCCUUCGCAAAAUGUUUAAUGUAUGCUGUUUUGUAAUAAAAAAGAAACGCUGUUAACAAGA